UUUGAGCAGUGAAAUCGGAGAAAAUUGCGUUUUAUGUUAAAUUUUGUAUUAUGUUUAUUAAAUUUUUUGUUCUCGUAUUUUGCUUUUGCGAAGUUAAUUUACAGAACGUUAACUAUUGUGAGUUAUGUGCCAACCACACACUUUGUAAAUACAAGAACCCGGGACCGAGCAACAGCUGUUUGGGGUACGACAAAAAUGGUGACCUCACUGAACAAGACAUCAGGGACAUUCUCAAAAGGAUUAAUUACAGGAGAAAUUACGUCGCCCUGCAGAACAUGAAGCGUCUACCGGGAGCAGCUAAUAUGAGAAAGAUGAAAUGGUCUUCAGAGUUGGCGCUUAUAGCCCAGCGCUGGGCAGACCAGUGUGAUCCAAACACGUUUCCUGAUAGGUCAGACGAAUGUCGCGAUACGGGUGACUACAGAGUGGGGCAAAACAUUGCAACGAUUACAGGAUUAAGCACUGGCAUAAAUGUUAAGACAUUUAUAGAUAUCUGGUUCAUUGAGUCCUUAGAAUAUGCUGGAACAGUGCUUUAUUACGACCAAUCCCGGGAGAACAAAACAAAUUAUUUUACCCAAUUAAUAUGGGCUGAAACUGACAAAGUUGGUUGCGGGAGAGUGCGGUUCUAUAUUGACAGGAUAAAAAGUGGAUUCGUAGAAAGGCUGGUGUGUAAUUUCGGACCAAAAGGGAAUGUGCACGGCAAACCUGUUUUCAUAGUUGGGUUUCCCGCAACCCAAUGUCCAAAUAACAUGAUACCUGACACCGAGUUCAACGGCCUGUGCACAUAUAACCCCGAAAUAAAAGAACGACGAUUCACAAUUGAAAAUAAUGUAAGAAAACACAAAUUACAAAACAGAAGAAGGCUUGAUCCUGAGCAUGGAAUCAACGGAAUACAAUAUAAAAAUUCUAAUUACAACCUUCAACCUGAAAAGCCCACUAUUGUGGCAAUAAAACGGAGCAAUGCUGAAUUACAUGAUGAGCAGUUGAGUACCAAGGUACCUCAAAAUAAUUAUCGGCCAGAAGAAAAAGGGCAUUCGAGAAUCCAUAACAAUCAUAAUCACAGAAUAGACUUCGACCCUAUCCACCCAAAUGCAAAUCAAGAUUGGAAAAAUUACGAAGCAUUUGUUACGACAAUACCACCAUCAUUAAGCCACAAUUCUAGAAGACAUUAUUUUGAUAAAAGUUGUACACGAAAAUAUAUCACAGAUUUAAAUCUAAAUGCUGCUACUCGAAGAGCAACUUACAGGGAAAAGUUAAAUCUAUGUACUCGAGGUCAAAAACUAUCGACACUUUUUAACCUUUGUCCUUGCUAUACUCAAAAAAAUCAAUGUACGUCUCCAACUAUCGAAAAGACAACAUGUAACUCUGAUGUGGCAGUAAAACACUUAGGUAUGGCUAAACGUAAAAAUAUUGUUGCCAGACGAAGCAACUUUUCUCUGAGCUUAUUGAAUAAUGUUCCAAAGAUAUAUGAAAAUGGUCAUAAUUUCGAAGAUUUUUACAGCCUGCCAUAUAGAGUGUCGAAGCCCGUACAACCAAUAACAAAGAUUAAUACUGUUUUAUCAACCCCGAGCUACAGUGAAAGGCUAAGGCGGGAAACAGAACCGUAUACAUUUGAGCCGUUUUGGAAAAUAAAUCACCCCAACAAACAGCUAAAAGAACUAAGAUACACGACUAUAUCAAACAGAAAAAAUAAGAAGCGUCCAAAUACUCCACAAAUUACACAAACCAAAUCUUCGAGAACCACGGAAUUUAUAACAAUAAGUAAAGAUCCACCUGUUAACAAUAAACCUCUAACCGAAAAGUAUUUAUCUUUUGAUGAAUUACUCCACCUAAGAAAAUCGAGUACUGAGGAUUUGAACUUUCGCCGUGGGAAUAAAGAAAGCGCAGCUAGAGCAGGUGAAGAAUUGUAUGACGAAGAAACGAAGCCGGCAAAUUUACCAAACUACACUUUAACUACUGGAUUCACUCACGUAAAGUAUUGCACGAGGAAGUUGACUUGUACAUGGACUGCAGCUUUUCUCACGGAUGCGGAUGGAAAUCCGAAAGGUCUGAAUAAUGCCGCUGGUAUUGGAAAUGCUUACGGCAGUCGCACUCCUCCUGGAUACGUGGAAGGUUGUACGCGCACUUCCACGUGCACUAGAGACUUUAUGUACAGAAAUAAAGGAGCUGAACUAAGCACGGUUUCUACCGUAGACCCGAAUGCACAUGACGACGAGGACUAUUGCGAACGUCGAUCGCUAAACAAAAGACAUAUUAAAAAAAAAUAUACUUUUAAUAGUACAAGUGUAUUAAAUAUCAUAAAUAAAAAUAAUUCAACAAAAAAUAAGUUUAACACACGUGUUGAAAGUAACAGAAACAAAACCAAUGAUACUAAAGUACGAAUUUACCGAAAUGUUAAAGAGAAAAACGAAAAUGCUAUGUCGUACGGAGAAUUGUAUUAUUUGGUUGUUAAAAGACUUCUAGAGUCCUGGAAAUCUAACAAGAAACUGUCUCACAAAAAAUGUACGUGCAGUAGCAGUAAAACAAUCCAAAUUGAUUUUUUUAUUUAUUUCGUUUUCGGUUUUAUAUUACAGGGUUACUAAUAAUUUCAUAAAAUAUUAUUAGAAAAAGUAUGAACCAUUAUUGUACAAGUUAAA